GAUCCGUUCAAGAAAAAAAUUAAUAUCACCGUCAUGAAAAGCCGUUGCGAGACGAUACACAUGUCAAUAUAAACCUACACUCUAAACGCAGUCUGCUGGGUACCACCGCGUCGAAUUUGUAUCUAUUAUUUCGACCGGUAUUUCUUUCUUCUACUUUCUUGUCUAUCUUCUUCAAUUUUAUCCCAAUGACCAGGGUUUGGCCUUAGCAAAGAGUCGCGAUUCAGCCCUCGGCCAUUCCAACGACAUGAGAACAGCCGGUUAACCCACGAUAAACUCCCACCCUGUAUUCUCAUAUUUUUCGCCAGCCGCUUUCGCGGGCUUCAGCGCGAAUACCUAGCAGAGCUACGACAUGGAGUCGCGAUAACCUCUAUGUGGGCCGGGGGGCCACCAAGUACUUGUCCGCUGUUGCUGCCGCGAUGCCGGACCUACAACGCCGGAAUGAUGGUUUCCGCCUCGAUCCUCCUAUAUACUACCCCCCGACUUCACCCCAGAACGGCGGGUCGAGAGAGGGAGUUUCUCCAAGCUAUCCCUUCUAUACAUCGCCACCAAUUUCCAAGAUUGCUACACCUCCUCACCCGUCUACUAAAGAGGAUUCAGAUUCCGCUAGAGCGUCGGCGGCGGUAGCAGCACAGGUAGGAGCCGAAACGGAAACCGAGUCCAAUUCCCCGAGACCAGUACCUGCGAUCAGGCUCUCGAAUAAGAUUCACGUUGUCGGCUUCGAUCCGCAUGCAAGAUUCGUCGCCCACGCUCUUGCCGCUGAUCCUAAACUACCUCCGGUUCAGAUGCUCACUCACAACCCGAUAUCGAUGAAGGCUUGGGGUCAGGAAGGUAGAGCUGUCAGUAUCCAUGAUAGCAAAGGCCAUCCCAUAUCUUCCCGGGAAAUACUCUGCCCAGAUUAUGUCAGUCGUCGGUAUAAGUCGCUAGGGUACCAGCCUAUCUUGGACAAUAUUAUUCUUAGCACCGCCGCCAGGGCUGCCUUCCCUACCUUGCAUGCAUUGCGUAAACGCAUCGACCGUCGAACAACAGUCUGCUUGCUCGAGCCAGGACUUGGACUGAUGGAAAUGUUAAACGAGGAGGUGUUUGAUGUUCCCGCUCUGCGGCCAAAUUACGUGAUCUGUCACAGCAGUCAUAAACUUGCGAGACACUCGUACUAUAAAUAUACGAUACGACACAUACCUGGGAAGUUAUAUCUGCACGCGGUUCCUAGGGAUGACGAAGAUGAGGAUAUAGACAGGGUAACGUCUCAAUUGCUUGGGAAUCAACAUACUAAGCACAUGAUCGGUCUCCUCUCAGCGGCUAGUGACCUUAACGCAGUCGGCAUAUCCUGGCGGCGAUUACUACUAGAGAAGCUACCCGACAUGAUCUUUGAAUCACUAGCCGAUACGCUUUCGGCCAUCUUAGAUUGCAGCUUCAACCUUAUAAGGUGCAAUAAAAAUGCGAUGAGACUAUGGGAAAAUAUGUUGGCGGAGACGAUACACAUCAUCUCGUCUCUUCCCGAAUUCGAAGGCCAUCGCAAGAAGCUCAGAUUCCUACACGAAAGGCAGUUUGCGACGAAGCUCAGAGUCAGGCUAGAGAGGCAAGGUGCCGAGUAUAGCCGGUGGGUAGCGGACGUCCGAAUGGGAAAAGAACCGCCCGUCCAGUUCGUCAACGGCUAUUUUGUGAGACGUGCCCAGGAGGUCGGAGUCGACCAUAGGAAUAACAGCCUAGCUAUAUCCAUGCUUAAAGCGAGGGUAGAAAGCAGACGUAAGAUGCACGAAGUGCCGUUCAAACUUAUACCGGAAUAUGAUGAUUAUUAAAAACUGCAGCUCACAGUAUGGCCCGAGUAUAGAUAGACAGACACGGGUUUGAGUUGGUGUUGGUAUUGUAUAUAGUGUACACUUACGCAAAUCACUUGUAUAACGAAUUAGAGAUGUUAGAUUUUGAUCUAAAUAUAACGCCUCGCCUCUA